CUUUAUCAUAUAUUUAUCCUAAUUAAGAGCUUCGGCAUCAAUUCCUUGUCAGGGAAGCUUCCCAAGGAAUUGGGAAACCUUAUUGAGCUAACAUUAUUGGCUCUUGGAUCCAACAACUUCUAUUGUUCUAUCCCAUCUGAACUAGGGAAACUUGUGAAGUGGGAACAACUCUAUUUAGAUAGUUCAGGACUAAGUGGUCAGAUUCCUCCCACUUUUGCUAAUCUUAAAAACCUAGCGACAGUAUGGGCUUCAGACAUGGAACUCACAAGCAGGAUACCGGACUUCAUAGGAAAUUGGUUUAAGCUUACAGUCUUGAGGUUUCAGGGUAAUUCUUUUGAAGGCCCAAUACCAUCAUCAUUUAGCAAUCUGACUUCUCUUGCAGAGUUGUAAAUGCCAUAGCUAUUU